AGUGCAGCGCCAUCUUUUAGCGAGUUGAAUUUCUUCUUUUCAAUUUCAGUAGGAGAGGUUAUGUCAUGUCUCAUUUUUGUCAAAACACAUACAUGGUUUUCGUUUUCGAUAUAAAACUUUUGGUAAUUUAGAGGCAUAAGUCAAAAUAUGAUCAUCAAGAAAUCGCGAAUCCUGAAACAAACUGCGAAACAUCAUUCACUUUUAAUGAGAACUAUUUCGGGCAUUAAUUUAUGGAAUGAUGAUAUAUCAACUGAAGUGAAACACAAGAUAGAGAAUCAUUGGAGAGGCAGGAUAAGAAAUAAAAAUGUGGAUAAUGACUCAACAAGAGAAAAGUAUUAUGUGCUUCCUAUGUUCCCCUAUCCUUCAGGAUUCUUGCACAUGGGACAUGUUCGUGUGUACACCAUCAGUGACACGGUAGCAAGAUUUCAGAGAAUGAACGGGAAAAAUGUUCUUCACCCGAUCGGAUGGGAUGCAUUUGGAUUACCUGCUGAAAACGCUGCAAUAGAUAGAAAAAUUCCUCCUGGUGAAUGGACUAGUCAAAAUAUAACCCACAUGAAAAAACAGCUUAUAGAAUUGGGUUGCGAUUUCGAGUGGGAAAGAGAGUUUUCAACGUGUGACCCCCAGUACUACAGGUGGACGCAAGAUUUGUUUCUGAAAUUAUAUGAUGCAGGAUUAGUUUAUCAAAAGGAAGCUCUUGUGAACUGGGAUCCGGAGGACAAGACUGUUUUAGCAGAUGAGCAAGUGGACGAGAAUGGAAAUUCUUGGCGUUCGGGAGCAAAAGUAGAGAAAAAACUCCUCAGGCAGUGGUUCAUUCGUACCACAAAAUUCGCCAAAGACUUACUAGACGGUUUAGAUGACCCAGUAUUGCAGGACUGGAAGGAUAUCACUAAACUCCAGAAGCACUGGAUUGGAGAAUGCAAUGGAGUUUCUUUCGAUUUCCAAAUAAAAAAUGACUCUGGUGGAAGAGAUUUCUUGCCUCUUUGGACUUCCAAACCUGAAUAUGUGGAACAUGCGAAAUUUGUUGCUGUCACCACUGAUAAUAUUCUAGCCAAACAUGAGGGAAUUCAGAACUGUGAACAAACAGUCAAGUUGAGGGUGCAAUUGAAGAAUCCAAUCAAUGGUGAAUCAGUGCCGGUUUAUGUUACCAGUGAAAUAGAUUUUCUUCCAUUUACAGACUCCUAUUUGGGAAUCCCUGAUGUUUUUUCUGAAGCCACAAAAUUUGCUUCACAUCACAACAUUACAUUUGAAACCGUUAAAGAAUUUUCAUCGGGCGAGGAACUUGAAUGGAAACGUCAAGAAAUUUGCAAUAGAGCCAAAAAGUUAAACGUCGGCGGCUACUGGACCAGCGCGAAGCUGCGCGAUUGGCUCAUCUCCCGUCAACGGUAUUGGGGAACGCCCAUUCCCAUCAUUCACUGUCAAAAAUGCGGCAUCCAGCCUGUUCCGAGAAGAGAGUUACCGGUGGUUCUACCCAAGCUGGCUCAUAUCACGCUUAGAGGUGUCUCUCCCUUGGCAGAAAUCCAAGAUUGGGUGAACACGAUUUGUCCCGAAUGUGAAGGGGCAGCAAAGAGAGAAACAGACACGAUGGAUACGUUCGUGGACAGCUCUUGGUACUAUUUGCGGUUUCUAGAUCACAAAAACGAAAAUGAGAUAUUCUCCAAGGAGAAGGCUCGCAAAUUCAGCCCCGUGGAUCUGUAUAUCGGAGGCAAAGAACACGCCGUGCUGCACAUGUAUUAUGCUAGGUUUGUGUCACAUUUCCUUUAUUCUCUAGGGUUACUACCAGAAAGGGAGCCUUUCAAAAGGCUCUUGGUGCAGGGAAUGGUGAUGGGAAGAAGUUACAGGGUAAAAGGAACAGGGGAGUAUCUGCAUGAAGACAGCGUCACCAUUUUAGAUUUGAAGAGGAACAAGGCCGAGAAAAAGGGUACCGGGGAGGAGGUAGUGAUUUCUUGGGAGAAGAUGAGCAAGUCCAAACACAAUGGAGUAGAUCCGCAAGACAUGUUCACGGCGUAUGGCACAGAUACUACUAGAUUACUUAUAUUGGCCGACGUAGCACCUACAAGUCACAGAAACUGGAACUCCAACACGUUCCCUGGCAUUCUCAACUGGCAGAGAAGGUUGUGGCUCACCAUAAGAGAAUUUCUGGCGCACAGGACUUCCUUACCGGCAAUGCUCCCCGAGGGGCAGUUCAAACCACACGACGAGUACAUGUUCGAUUCGAGGAAUUUCUACAUUAAAGGAGUCACUUUUAAUUAUUUGGUGUCGCAGCAGCUCAGCGUGGCAGUUUCCAAACAGCAAGGAUUAACAAACAGUCUCAGGGUGGGUGAUAUUCUACAUAUAAAAAACACUGCUUUUGACAGGGUCAAAACACAAUUGUCUAAUAUCACUUUAUUUUUCAAGGUAAACGGCUUUGAGAAUUCCGUUGUUAAAAUACCAAGAAGAGACUUGGACAAGUUGUCUAAAGAUGAAGCCAUCAGAAUUGCGCUGGGCCAGAAAGAAGUACAGAAUACUUUGACGACAAGGAAUGUUCUAGACAUAUGUUAUACAAUGUACGAUGGUUGCGAGGGGGUCGUGAAUAUAUUGACUGAUCAUCCGCCUCCUAAAGUGAAGGCACAGAAAGCUAAUUGAAUGGGCUUUCAAGGAGACUAGAAAGUGAGCACAAUUAGAUGUCAAAUGGAAUGAAUCCGGAAAAAUGAAUUUACUUUUUCAGCAAAAUUAGUGCUGGAGCAAUUGCCUAAUUGUGAGGUUCUGGAAAACCCACGUGAUGUGGAGUUUGUGACAAAAUGUUUCCACCUACUAAAAUGAUAUUGCCUCAUGUUUUUGUAUCAUCAUUUACAUUCGUUAUCAACAUAUAUUAAUUUUGUAUGAUGGCAUUACAUAAAUUCUCAAACUGUUUAACUACUUUCUUAUAGCAAGCUCAAUAAAACACCUGAAAAUUGAA